AUGCUUGAAUUACCAUUUGAUUUACGAAAAAUGAUAAUUGAUCGAAUGGAUUCGAAAACUCGUUGUAUGUUUGGCGGAGUGUCGUUUGAAUGUUUUCAAGAUUUUUGUAGUUCGAUGGAUUGUAUUCAGAGAAUUCGAAUAAAUUCAACAACAAAUGGUUACAAGAUCGUAAUUUAUUAUAGAAGUAAAUCUUAUUUUUCUAUAGGAAUCUCGAAAAUCGAUGAAACGAAUACAUUGACAUAUUUUCUGUGAGUCAAUGUUUUCCCUUCAAAAAACAACAAAAACAAUUUCAGACUCAAAGGUUCUGAUAAAUUCUGCUGGGAACAAAAAGAAAAUAUAGAAUUCAGAACUGUCGUUAUCGAUUUUUUCAACACUGUAUUUUCUAGAUGUCGAAAAACAUUGAAAAAUCUUGAGAUUUAUGUAACUGACUUUCCAACUACAAAAAUAAAUAUUCGAAAUUUCGAAAAUCUCCAGAAAAUUCGUUUGAUGAUAAAUAACUCGGCAGAUCUUCUGGAUUCUGGAUUUGUCAGAUUUGAACAAGUGAGUUCAGAAGUUUUUUUUUUUGAAAUUUCAGUUGAAUUUAGAUUCUCUCCGCUUCCAAGAAUCCAGUGAUUCUAUCAAAUACAAAACUAAAAAUCGAUCAAAUACUUCGAAUUCCACAACUUUAUAUCAAUCAAAUGGAAUUGACAGAGCAAGAUGUUCUAGAAUAUUUGAUAUUUCUUAAAAAUUUGAAAACACCGGAAAGAAGAUAUUUAACAAUCAAUAUGAGAUAUCAGAAGAAUCCUUUCAACUUUACGAUAAAACAGAAAAUUAAAGAGAUUUUUGAGAAUGAACGUCCAAUGAUAGAGUGAGAUAAUGAUAAGUAUUUUAAAAUUAUUCGAAAUUUAUUGCAGAGUAGAAUCAAUUGAUCAAGACGAAUUCGAAGUUCUUGGGAAAAAUGAGCGACAAACAAUUCAGGUCAAGUUCAAAGUCAAUGGUCUAUUGGAAAUUUCCCUACAAGAUCCAUCUGUAUUUUUGUCACAUUUUGUUAGGAUUAUACUGUAA